AUGCCUCCCCCUCCCAUUCCCGAUCCCCCUCCUCUACCAACCGGACAAGUUUCGCAUGAACCACAAACCACGGAUUCACCACUAAAAAUACUCAGCGAGAUAACGAAGUUCCUGAAUGAAGCUCUCUCACCAAAGAACCCGGCUAGAAUACUGAAUGAAAACCAAAUACAAGCUCUGUUAGAUCAAACAAUCAAACUGAAAUCUGCUAUGAAUAUCGAGUCGCAUCUGGAAAAGAUCACUGAACGACUAGAACGAUUAGAACAACGACCUCUUACAGUUUCUCCUCCGACACCUUCGACCUGGCCCUCAGCGACCACUACCAACAAUAAGAAAACAAACCCUACCAUAAACAAGCAAGGGAAAUGGACACCAAUGAUACCAUCAAACGCACAAAUAAACGAGUUCAAGAAAUCUAGCCUAGUAAUUUGCACUCCGCCUGGGUUCGUUGCACUAGAUUCAGCGACAGCGACAGACAUCACAACUAAGAUUAAUAAGAUUUUAAUUUCUAUUGACGCCAAAAUCGACUCACACCAAAUUGAAAUCGACGGCAUUGCGCGACUUCCCUCUAAAGAUUUGAAGAUCUAAAUGAGUUCGCGAUCAAAUGCACGGUGGCUGCUCAACAACAAACACAAGUGGACAGACUUGCUUUGCACCGAACUUAAAACUUUCCCCAACCGAUAUCCCGUUAUCUUACAUGCAAUCCCGACUAACUUUAAUCCAACAGAUACUUCACACCUGCAAGAGCUAGGAACGCAAAACCGGAUUGAUCCAAACCUGAUUGAAUCAGCUCGAUGGCUCGG